CAUUAUCUUAUCACAUAGAUUUUCUUAUAAUAUUUUAUUCACCACUCAUUCCCGUUACUCCCCCAGCAACCAUAAUUUUCCUUUUGUUCUGUGACAAUCUGCAAAGAAUAAUACACAGAGUUGUUGCAGGCAUGGCCUCUCGUUCUGCUCUAGCUUCCACAAGGAUCCCCACAAACACCAGCUUCCUAUCCAAGGCUUCUCAUUCUUUCCCAACCCAAUGCACCUCAAAGCGAAUCAGGUCAACGAAAAUCGCCAUGCCACUCUCAGUUUCUGGUUCCAGAAGAUCCACGGCGAUUCUCAUUUCAUCGUUGCCGUUCACCUUCCUUCUGCUCUCUCCGCCGGCGGAGGCCAGACGCAACAAGAAGACAAUUCCCCAAGAGGAAUACCUCACUACUCCUGAUGGAUUGAAAUACUAUGAUUUGAUUGAGGGCAAAGGUCCAGUAGCUGAAAAAGGAAAAAUCGUUCAGGUUCACUUUGAUUGCUUAUAUCGCGGGAUCACUGCUGUAUCCAGUCGCGAAUCUAAACUCCUAGCGGGAAAUCGUAUCAUUGCUCAGCCAUACGAAUUCAGGGUGGGAGCUCCUCCCGGAAAGGAAAGAAAACGUGAAUUUGUUGAUAAUCCAAAUGGUUUAUUCUCUGCUCAAGCAGCACCCAAACCCCCACCUGCCAUGUAUACAAUAGUGGAGGGAAUGCGAGUUGGUGGAAAGCGAACUGUUAUUGUUCCUCCUGAAAAUGGUUAUGGACAAAAGGGAAUGAACGAGAUUCCGCCUGGAGCUACAUUUGAACUAAAUGUUGAGCUUCUGCAAGUUGUAGCUACGUGAAGACCAGAGUGAGCUUGACUCCAUUCUUAGAAGCUGUUGAUAUUUAACUUCAGAAUUUGUAUUCUAUGAGGCUGCGGCUAUCUUAUUCUCAUUAACCUUUUUUAUCAUUGUCUUAUACCCAUUGUUACAACAGAGGAAAUAAGAUACAGAAGAAAGAAAAUUUUGCAAUAUGAAAGAGAAAAUGAAGAAAAAAGGAAUUUUACAAAAAAAAUCUAAAAGUUUUCUCUCAUUCUAAUUUCAAAGUUCCAUGUUCACUCAUUUUCUUUUCCCUUGAGUAGUUUUUAAUAUGGCGAGAAGCUGUAUAUUUUUUCUUUUGAAACUGUAGUAGGACUCAUCCUCUGCAAAUUUAAACGUGAUCUUUCAUAUAA